CGGGCUACGGCGGCCGGCAGGGGGCGGCAGCGGCCGUUGCCCAGGGUGCGGAGGCGGGGUCGGGGGCCUGGAGCACUGCGAGCCCGGCGGGCCACGACUGGUGCGGGCUGAGGCCAUGGGCGACCGAGGCGGCACGGUCAGCUCCCGGCGCCGGAGGACCAGUUCGCGGCCCUCCGGCCAGGGUGGCGGCGGGCCGGUGGGAGCGGAAGAGGAGGUGCGGGACGGGGCUCCGGGCCCCGACGUGGGCGCUGGGGGCGACGCGCCGGCCCCGGCCGCCGCCUCGGACAAGGACGGAGACUCUAACGUGGGCAGCGGACACUGGGAGCUGAGGUGCCAUCGCCUACAGGAUUCUUUGUUCAGCUCUGACAGUGGCUUCAGCAACUACAGAGGCAUCCUGAAUUGGUGUGUGGUGAUGCUGAUCCUGAGCAAUGCACGAUUAUUUUUAGAGAACCUCAUCAAGUAUGGCAUCUUGGUGGACCCUAUCCAGGUGGUGUCUCUGUUCUUGAAGGACCCCUACAGCUGGCCUGCCCCAUGUCUGGUUAUUGUGGCCAAUGUCUUUGCUGUGGCUGCAUUCCAGGUUGAGAAGCGCCUGGCCGUGGGCACCCUGACGGAACAGGCAGGGUUGCUGCUGCAUGUUGCCAACCUGGCCACCAUCCUUUGCUUCCCAGCAGCAGUGGCCUUACUGGUUGAGUCCAUCACUCCAGUGGGCUCUGUACUGGCUCUGGCAGCAUACACCAUCCUCUUCCUCAAGCUCUUCUCCUAUCGGGACGUCAACCUGUGGUGCCGCCAGCAUAGAGCCAGGGCUAAGAAUGUCUCUGCAGGGAAGAAGGCCAGUGGGGCCACUGCCCAGCGCACGGUGAGCUACCCGGACAACCUGACCUACCGCGAUCUCUACUAUUUUAUUUUUGCUCCUACCCUGUGUUAUGAACUCAAUUUCCCUCGCUCCCCCCGAAUUCGAAAACGCUUUCUGUUGCGGAGGCUCCUUGAGAUGCUGUUCUUCACCCAGCUCCAGGUGGGGCUGAUCCAGCAGUGGAUGGUCCCCACCAUCCAGAAUUCCAUGAAGCCCUUCAAGGAUAUGGACUACUCUCGAAUCAUUGAGCGCCUCUUGAAGCUCGCUGUCCCAAAUCACCUCAUCUGGCUCAUCUUCUUCUACUGGCUCUUCCACUCCUGCCUGAAUGCUGUGGCGGAACUCAUGCAGUUUGGAGACCGGGAGUUCUACCGGGAUUGGUGGAACUCUGAGUCUGUCACCUACUUCUGGCAGAACUGGAACAUCCCCGUGCACAAGUGGUGCAGCAGGCACUUCUACAAGCCCAUGCUACGCCGGGGUAGCAGUAGGUGGGUGGCCAGGACAGGGGUGUUCCUGGCCUCCGCCUUCUUCCACGAGUACCUCGUAAGCAUCCCCCUGCGAAUGUUCCGCCUCUGGGCGUUCACAGCCAUGAUGGCUCAGAUCCCAUUGGCCUGGAUUGUGGGCCGCUUCUUCCAGGGCAACUAUGGAAAUGCAGCUGUGUGGCUGACACUCAUCAUUGGGCAACCAGUGGCGGUGCUCAUGUAUGUCCAUGACUACUACGUGCUCAACUAUGAGGCUCCCACAGCAGGGGCCUGAACUGCCCAGGCUUGACUGCCCACAUCCAGGACAGACAGCCCUCCCUGCCUGUCCAAACCUGAGGGAACCUGGCUGCUGAGCCUUCCUCCUGCCCCAGGAGGCCUCUCUGCCCCUAUGGGGCUCCCUCCUGCUCCCCUUAGGGAUGGCAACAGUAGAGUCUGGCCCAGCUGGCAGGAGCCAGUGCCUUCUUUGGGAGUCUGUGCUGACUUGGGGAAGAGGGUGCCAAUAAAGUGCUAUCUAGAGUGACUCUC